AUGUCCACGAUGCGAAUAGCAGUAGCAGGAACCUGUGGCCUAGCCACGAUCAUUUCCAAGAUAAUUCAGGAGCACACCAGUCAUCAGUUACUCGUUCUAUCACGAACGCCUCAACCUACUCUCACCUCACAAGGCUACCAGUGCCAAACCGUUGACUACAAUGACCCAUCUUCGAUCCAGCAUUCUUUAAUGGGCGUAGACACUGUCAUCUCGACUGUUACCGGCACCCCUCAGCUCAGGCUAAUCGAAGCUGCUGUCCAAGCUCGAGUCCGUCGAUUUGCUCCGGCGGAGUUCGAGGGACGUCCUUCUCUACGACCUGUGGGCGACCCAUUGGAUCGUGGAAGGGCCGCUGCUCUGGCGCUGCUGCAACAUUACCGUGCAUACAUCCAGUCCACGGUCUUCGUUUGCGGCAUCCUCUACGAACGUUUUGCCGUUGGGGGUCUUGCAUCAGUCGGAAUUGGUAUCAGUUCAGGGGCUGGGGGCGAGGGAGACUACGUUCUGGAUGCUCGCAACAUGACGGCUCAGGCACCUGCGUACAGUCCUUCAGGUGGUUACACGAGCAUUUCCAUGACUUCGGUGUACGACGUGGGACGAUUCGUUGUGAGAGCUUUGGAUAUGACAUCUUGGCCCGCUGAACUCACGAUGUGCGGAGAAAGAGUUCUCGUAUCCUCUUUGAUCCAAACAGUCAAACAAUGUAGAGGAAGAGAUUUCACGCACGUCCAGUGGCACAAUCUCGGAACACUCAACUACGAAUUGACUCUGGCACAGCUGGCUGGCGACCAUGCGAGACAGAGACGCCUCCAAACACUCAUCGCAACGGUAGAAGGACGAUACGACUUCGCUGUGCCUGGUGCUCUCAAUACGCAAUUCCCGGACAUACAACCCGAACCCUUCCGGAACUGGUUCGCUCGUAACUGGGUCGGUGUCCCUUAG